CCAUUUAUCUUCAUCUUUUUCAAUGGCUUCUUUGCCAACACUCCUUUUCUUUCUCACAAUCUUCACCCUCUUUCUCUUCCUAUGCCGCGUGUCCCGUUACCGGCGGCUCCGGCUUCCGCCGGGGAGCUUGGGUUUACCCUUCAUCGGCGAGACCUUGCAGCUGAUAUCUGCAUACAAAAGUGACAACCCGGAACCUUUCAUCGACCAGCGCGUGAACCGGUACGGUUCAAUCUUCACCACACACGUGUUUGGCGAACCGACCGUGUUUUCGGCCGACCCGGAAACGAACCGGUUCAUUCUUCUUAACGAAGGGAAACUCUUUGAUUGCAGUUACCCUGGUUCGAUAUCGAACCUUCUUGGGAAACACUCUUUGUUGCUAAUGAAAGGUGCUUUACACAAGAGAAUGCACUCUCUCACUAUGAGCUUCGCUAACUCCUCCAUCAUCAAGGAUCAUCUUCUUCUUCACAUAGAUCGGCUCAUUUGCCUCAACCUCGAUUCCUGGACCCACCGGGUUCUUCUCAUGGAGGAAGCUAAGAAGAUAACAUUUGAACUUACUGUGAAGCAAUUGAUGAGCUUUGAUCCUGAUGAAUGGACUGAAACUCUAAGGAAAGAGUACGUUCUUGUGAUUGAAGGAUUCUUCACCCUCCCCUUUCCUCUCUUCUCCACCACCUACCGCAGAGCCAUCAAGGCAAGAACAAAGGUGGCGGAUGCACUAACGUUGGUAGUGAGGCAGAGGAGAAAAGAGAGCAAUGAAGGGAAAGAGAAAAAGAAUGACAUGCUUGGGGCGUUGUUGGCCUCCGGUGACCACUUUUCCGACGAAGAAAUAGUGGAUUUUAUGUUGGCUUUGCUCGUCGCCGGUUAUGAAACCACUUCUACAAUAAUGACUCUUGCGGUGAAGUUCCUCACUGAGACUCCUCUGGCCUUGGCACAGCUUAAGGAUGAGCAUGACCAAAUCAGAGCAAGGAGUGACCCAGAGGCAGCACUGGAAUGGACAGAUUACAAGUCAAUGGAAUUUACUCAAUGUGUUGUGAAUGAGACCUUGAGGGUAGCAAACAUAAUUGGUGGGAUAUUUCGGAGAGCAAUGACAGAUAUCGACAUAAAAGGUUACACUAUUCCAAAGGGAUGGAAGGUGUUUGCAUCAUUUCGGGCUGUACAUUUGAAUCCUGAACAUUAUAAAGACGCCCGCACCUUCAAUCCAUGGAGAUGGCAGAGUAAUUCAUCAGAAGCAACAAACCCUGGGAAUGUUUAUACACCAUUUGGUGGAGGGCCACGGUUGUGCCCUGGCUAUGAGCUAGCCAGAGUUGUACUUUCUGUCUUCCUUCACCGCAUUGUCACCCGCUUCAGUUGGGUUCCUGCAGAGAAAGAUAAGUUGGUGUUUUUCCCAACCACUAGGACGCAGAAGAGGUAUCCUAUUAUAGUGAACCGUAGAGACUAGAGAGGAGAGGAGUGCAGAUCAUGUAUAGCAAUAUGAGAAUUAAGAGCACAACAGAUAGAGAAGGCAGAAAAGGAAGU